CCAAACGUGCGCCUCUGUCAAACAGAGGUGAAGAUGGCAGACGUCUCAGAGAGAACGCUACAAGUUGCGAUUGCGAUUUCAUUUGCAACAGGCUUCCUCGCCGGAUGGCAAGCCAACCGGAUGAGGCGAAAAUUUCUGGACUGGAGAAAGAAGAGGCUGCAAGAUAAACUGUCCGAAACUCAGAAGAAAUUGGACUUGGCUUGAAUGGUAACGUCAGGUUCAUGGAAUCCAGGCUUUUGGUGAAUGCAGAUGCUUCUGUAAAUUUGUGCAGGUGCCAAAUCCUGAAUGUGCAUCAUCAGUCAUUUUGGAUUUCUCCAUCACUACAAGACUGGGUCUUUUUCCAGACUAUUGUUUAUGAAAACAAAACAAAAAAGACAACAAAAAAAAAAAUCCUGCCUGAGGUUGAAGUUGAACUGGGAAAGAGUGACUUUUCUUCUUAGCAUUUAUCAGUCAAGGAAAAAAAACAUGAAGAUGACGGUUCUUUUACUUCCAUUUUUGUUCAAAUAAAUUAUUUAUUUUUAAUGUUCUACAAGGAUUUGAUGGAUGUCAUCUGAUAAGUAUUUUCAAACCACCUUCAUCUGCGUGGUGAUGGCCCUAAGGCUCACAUGUUGAGUUGUAGCUAAUGUAUCUUUCAACUCUUUGUCACACUUUUCUUCCUAAAAAAUGUGGUGCCCCUUUUUAUAGCGAUCACUACAGUCAUUCAACUUAUUUCUCAACAAUUGCACAAAAUAUCUAUUGGACCUCGCACCAGUUAACACCAAUAUGGAUGCUGUGAGGGCAAUUCAUAUUUGAUGUUUGCUUACUUUUAACCUUUCACCAUGACCUUACAUUGCUUAGAUGGAUGCUUGAAGUCCAUGUGUAGUAGAACAAAGGUAGGCUUAUAAAGUGUCUUCUCCAGGUGCACAAAUAAGUGCCUAUUGUUAAUUGUUGACUGUAUGGGUGACUCACUGAGUGUAGCAAGUCUGUACACACUAAAUAGAGAAAUGGCCUUGGUGGAUGAGAGCUGGAAGACAUGAGAUAAGGAGGGGAAGAACAGACCUAUAAGAGAGACUGUACUGUAUUGAUUAGGGCGCAUUCAGGCACCUGGGCUUGGAUGCGUCUAUUCAUGACCUUAUGUUAAAAUCGUGUGACAAUACUGUUAAGAGAUUUUUGUCUCGUUCCUCAUUUCUGUCAGCGUGGAAUUCAAUAAUUGCCACGACAGAUGUCUUGCAUUAGCAUGCAUUUAAGUGGACUGAAACAAUAGCCUGCUAUAGAUAUGAAAUAUAUUUGUUAAACCAGAUAAGCAGCUACCAUUGAGCGAGAUAAACACAAUCAUGCACAUAACUGAUAUCAAUUUCAGCAAUAGCAUCAUCUGCUGGAUGGAGGAAAACGACCCACAGCUUUAGUUCAAUGAAGGCCGUUAGUCUCUUGCUUGGCUGCCUUUGGCUAUUAUUUUUGUAGAGGUUGCACAGGUACAAGAAGUGUUUUUGAUCUCAGUGAGUCUCUAAUGUGUCCAAGAUAUUCAUGUCCGUCCUGUCAACAUAAUUGAAUCAGAGAAUGAUUGAUGACGAGAGAACACUGAGAAGAGGGUGAAAUAUUUGCUCAAGGGAUCAUUCCCUUUCCUCAUUAUGAUAAGCGUUGUGUCAAGUCCUUUUCAAUCUAAUUGUGAUACUAGGGUCAUAGGAGAACUGAGGAGGGCUGAUAUGAGUCAACGCAGGACAUGUACACUUUUUGUCUAUAGAUGGUGCUGUUGCACUUCAGAGCAAUAGUGACUCCACAAUGACAAUAAAAACAACUACCUACAUCAUUUUCAUUUAA